GUGUUUGCCAUGCGUUACGCCAUCUUUUCUCUCUUGCAUGCACAUCACUGCCUGCACUCUUUCCCUCAUCACCCCUCCUUCUCUUCUACGUUUCUUCGCUCGCCUUGCUUUUCCGUCAUCCAAUCGGCUCUCCUUGUUUCCUGAUUUCUCCCUUGCCUCUCUUUCCUCCCCCCUCUCCUCCCACCCAUUUCCACUUCACACCACCACCCAUUACCUUCAGAAAGCUCCAAACCCUAGCACCGGAUGAAGACCCUCUCUUUCCCACAGUACCCUUUUCCACCUAUCUACACCACCACCCCUCCCAUGCCCCCUCCGCCUCUGCCGCCCCUCCAACCCUCCACACGUCUCCUCCCCCUACAUUCCCCCCAUCACCGGUCCCUUUGCCUGUGCAAUCUCCCUUGUUGCCAGAAGCAGCAGCAGCAGCAGCAUCAUUAGCAGCAAGAUGUGCAGCAGAGGGGGGGAGGGGAGAGGCAGGCAAGGAGCGAUCAGAGCCAAGGGGUGCAGCAGGCGGGGACGUGGACGGGGUGAGGGAUGAAUGGGCGGGUGGGGAAGCUGGGGCGUGUGGGGGAACAGGAGGGUAUACAGCAGCAGGUGAGAAGAUAGGGCGUGGUGAGGCUCCUUCAGCUUUUCACACUCCUGCUCCUGCUUUUGACACUACAAGUGCUGCUGAUGCUACAGCUGCUGAUGCGGGUGCUAACACAGGGCAGCUUCCAACCCAUGGGGAUGGUGAUGCAACAACUGCCGCUCCUCCUGCUGAUACAACUGCUACCGCUGCGACAGCGGCUGUGGGGGGGAGGGGCGUGGUGGGUAUGGUGGAGGGGUGGUUUGGGCGAAGGCAGGGGUGGGGGAAGGCCAAGAAUGGCGGACCUGGGGCACAGCAGCAGGGUGGUAGCGCGAGCAUGGUGAGCGAUGCCAGUGGUUCUGCUAGCCAUGUUGCCUCAUCUGUUCCUGCUCCACCGCUUGACCCUGCAACUGCUGCUGCUGCUGCUGCUGCUGCUGCUGCUGGAGCAGGUGAGUAUGGGGAGAGAGGCAGCAGUGCUGGCAGUGGCAGCAGCAGCGGCGGCAGAAGGAGUGGCAGCAGCGGUGGUGGCACAAGUGGGAGUCAUACGGGGAGCAGAGCAAUGGCGGUGCAAGUGAUGGUGGGGGGAGGCAGCAUGUCGCUCGUUGCCCUUUCUCGCAAGAUUAAGAAUGCCAGACAAGCCAACCUUUCAAGUUCAACCCCAGGCACCGCCAGUGCUGCUGGCGGUCAGGGCAGUGGCAGCAGCAGCAGCAGUGGCAGUGGCAGUGGCAGUGGCAGUGGCAGUGGCAGUGGCAGUGGCAGUGGCAGUGGCAGUGGCAGUGGCAGUGGCAGUGGCAGUGGCAGUGCAGCAGCGGGUGGGGCGCGGGGGGAGGAGAAGGAAGCGGGUGGUGGUGCGGAGAGGGAUGGGGGAAAGGUGGAAGAGAGGGAGGCACAGGGGGGGUUAGAAGCAGUGUUGGGGGAGAGAGUGGGGGAUGGAGGGCCAGGGGUGGUGUGGGUGGGGGGCCUUGUGACUCAAGGCGCGGAGGCAGGUGGUGGUAAGGUGGGGAUAGAGGCGGAGCGAGGGGUGCAAGCUGGGAGAGCGAAAGGGGGAACGGCUGGGGAAGGGGUAGGAGAGGGCGGGGAAAGGCGUGGUGCAGUGGAAGGGAGGGGCGAGGCUGGUAGCAGGGCGUUACACUCUGAGAACGGUGUGAGUGGAAGGGAUGACGUGAGGGUAGGAGGGGUGGUGGAAGGACGAGGAGGGAAGGGGCGAGGGGGCAGCGGCGGUGGUGCAUGGGAGAUGGCGGAAGCAGGGGAGGAGGAGAGACGCGCUGGUGACGGCAUGCUGCAGGCAGAGUCGCAGGUAGUGACUGCUGGGGGGUGCAGUCUGUGCGCACAGGAGGUGUAUGCAGCACAUGCAGGGCCUAUCACUCGCUGCCGCUUCUCCCCUUCAGGCGCCAACAUCGCUAGCGCCUCGGCGGAUGGCAGUAUUAGAAUAUGGGAGCCGGAGAUCUCAGAGGGAGCAGCGGAGGGGCGGGGGGUUGCCGGCGUGGUGGUGCGGGGGCAGAGGGACGCGGCGAUCCUGGGGGAUGCCCCUGUGCAGGCGCUUGAGUGGGACGCCAAGUCCGACCGCCUGCUGCUGGCAGGGCUGGCAGACGGGCAUGUGAAGGUGUGGAACGCACACUCCAAGCACAUGCUCUCAGACGCCCCCCACCCACAGCCCUACACCAGGGGACUUAAGAGUUGCCUUCUCUGUGUGGGUGCACGUGCUCUGCAGACUGCUGGACAUUCGUUCCAGCCCAUCAGAGCAUCUUUUCGCAUGUGCUGCAGCAGCCUUCGACCACCCGCACCACUCUCCACCCCUCACAUCAUCUCUCCAACCCACGUGAGUCUCAUACUCUUUCCUUUCUCUCUCUUCCCCCGCGUGCGUCAUCGGCCCGUCAACCACUCCCCCCACCUGCACCGCAUGGAUGCAUAUCCCUCUGGAGCCUCCGCACCAUGUCACUCCAGUCCCUCUGCUGUCUCUGUCCCUUCCACCCCUCCCCAAUACACUCCUCUGUCUGCAGACGUGAAUGCGGCAUCGCAGAUCGCCUGCUGGCCUGUCACCCUGCCAGGCACCUCCCCCUCCUCCUCUGCGCACCCCCUCUCCCCUGCUGUCUGUGUGCGCUUCCUCUGGGACCACUCCUCGCUCUUCUCGCUCUCUGCUUCAGGCCAGAUAACGGAGUGGAGUCUGCACCAGCAGGGCCAGCUGUUGCGUCACUUCGAUGCAUCCAGUUACUGCAUGCACCCACCAGGCAACACAGGGCCAGUCCCAUCCACCCAUGGCUCUGGGGGCUCUGACGCCCACUCGCACUCGCACUCGCACUCGCACUCAGAGACCCAGUCCCAAGCGCUGUCCCCACGCGUACCGCUGCUCUCAGCGCGCUCGCUCCUGCUGCCGCACGAGCUGGCCAUUGACUCGCAGGGAUCUCACCUCCUCACCACCUCCUCCUCCCACUCACCCCAGCUCCUCGAUCUACGUCUCUCCCAACCAGCAUGGCACAGAGCGGCCACGCAUGCAGCGCCAGUCACCACAGUCGACUGGCACCCCACAGCUCAUGCCUUUGCUUCGGGCUCUGCAGACCACACCGUGCGGGUCGUCUCCCUCUCAUGA